AUGGCUGGCCUUUUGGGUUCGCUCCCUUGUGGCUUUGUCACUGCCCUCUUUUGUGCGACCUGUGCCGCUGCCGCGUUAGACAUUAGCCGCGCCCAAGGCAUGCCAACAAGCGCCCUGGAGCACGGCCGGCCGGCUUUCGACCAGCAGGAACAAUCGCCCAAUUUACUGCCAGGAAGCUACGGCCGGCAUAACUUCCUCUUUGCAAAACGUUGGUGGUCGACUACAACCCAACUCAUCCAUGACACCAACCGCGUUGAAUCCUUGGGAACUCUCAACAACAUCAAAGCCAACAUCAACAUGUGCGCAAGGCAGCCUAACUAUGAGUAA